GCAGGUUGUAAGGUCAGAGGGUAAAGGCUAUAGCUCUUUCGAUUGAGAAUACACACAGCCAUCUUGGAUCUAACGUAGAGAAGGGAAAUUGAUGCGGUGACAAAAGGCAUGUUUGGUGCUAGAAAGAAAUUUGUAGAGUUCGUCGAGGUAGUCGAUAACGACUUUUCCGAUGAAAGCAUGUACUACAGCCAGCCGUCGAUGUUCCCACAUCGGUCGGAAAAAGAUUCCUCAAAUGUUUUCCUCCAGAUGCUGUCCUCUCCCUCGCCGUCGUCGUCGGGUCAGCUGUCGCAACUUGGUGCAAGUUUGUACGGUCCACAAAGUGCACUCGGGUUCUCGGUAAGGGGCAUGGGGAACAGUACGCCUCAGUUAAAUCGAAAUCUAACGCAAGGCACGCAGUUACCAAGUCAUAUCACCCCCACAACAGGGGUCCCCACCAUGUCCCUCCAUACGCCUCCAUCACCAAGCAGGGGGACAUUGCCGAUGAACACAAGGAACAUGCUGAACCACUCUCAGGUCGGUCAAGGCAUUGGGAUGAGCGGCAGGACCAAUAGUAUGGGCAGCUCGGGGCUGGGCAGCCCCAACCGCAGCUCGCCAAGUAUCAUCUGUAUGCCCAAACAGCAGCAAGCACGCCAGCCCUUCACCAUAAACAGCAUGUCAGGGUUUGGUAUGAACCGCAAUCAGGCUUUCGGGAUGAACAACUCAUUAUCAAGCAACAUCUUCAAUGGCACAGACGGGAGUGAAAAUGUAACGGGAUUGGAUCUCUCCGACUUCCCUGCGUUAGCAGACAGGAGUCGGAGAGAAGGGACUGGAAACCCAACACCGGUGCUCAAUCCACUAGCUGGACGGGCUCCUUAUGUUGGCAUGGUGACGAAGCCAUCGACUGAACAGACACAGGAUUUCUCCAUCCAUAACGAGGACUUCCCCGCACUGCCUGGCCCAAACUAUAAGGACCCCACGUUGAACAACGAUGACAGCAAAACUAACUUGAACUCCACAAGCAAGAGCACAUCCAAUGCAGAUGGGCCGAAGUUCCCUGGAGACAAGACGGCCUCAGCACAGAACAACAACCAGAAGAAAGGGAUCCAGGUGUUGCCCGAUGGUCGGGUGACGAACAUUCCCUCAGGAAUGGUGACAGACCAAUUCGGCAUGAUUGGCCUGUUGACGUUUAUCCGGGCAGCAGAGACUGAUCCGGGGAUGGUCCAUCUGGCGCUAGGAAGUGACCUCACAACACUGGGACUCAACUUAAACUCACCAGAAAACUUGUACCCCAAGUUCGCCUCUCCUUGGGCCUCAUCACCUUGUCGACCUCAAGACAUUGACUUCCACGUCCCGUCUGAAUACUUAACAAAUAUCCACAUAAGGGACAAGUUGGCUGCAAUUAAACUGGCACGAUAUGGUGAGGACCUGUUGUUCUACCUGUACUACAUGAAUGGUGGAGACCUGCUACAGCUUCUGGCAGCUGUCGAGCUCUUUAACCGGGACUGGAGGUACCACAAAGAGGAGCGGGUUUGGAUAACAAGAGCACCUGGCAUGGAGCCUACACUGAAGACCAACACCUACGAGAGGGGAACCUACUACUUUUUUGAUUGUCUUAACUGGAGGAAAGUAGCCAAGGAGUUUCAUCUGGAGUACGACAAGCUGGAAGAGAGGCCACACGUGCCAACAACAUUCAACUACAACCCAGCCCAGCAGGCCUUCUAAGGCCCAACCAGUCCAAAGGGCCGCAGCGGUUCCUGCACAUGACACUGUUGUCCAGGAGGGGGCGCUGUGGUUCACACAGCUUGGUUUUUAUUCCUCGAGGAUUUGGCUAUCCGACUGCGGGGGCUGUCAGCCACCAUCAAAACUGCCCUGCCUUUCCAAAAUUACAUGCUGCCCAAAACACCAACACUUGUUCUGUUUUUAUUCUUUAUGUUCCUCCUGGGUUUUUUUGUCUUGUUUUGAGCAGGGUCUGUGUUAUGUUUACGUCUCUGAAGCCUCUGAAGUUUUCUUUUAGAACGGAGGACUGACCUUGUGGCACAGGACAGUGACAGAACAAGGUUUACGCCAGGUGUUCCGAACAGAAAAAAGGCGAGGAAAGUUCACAUCCUCAGACGCAAGUGAAAGGGUGAAAGAAAUGCAAUGUUUAUUGUUGCACUAUAUUUAGUAAUAAAAGAACACAAAAUU